GCUGAAGAGGAAAAGGCGGCGGCAGGAGGCGGGGAAGAGACAGUGGAGCAGCGAGCAACAGAGCCAAGUAGCCCUCUACACUCAAAGGGCCGACUGCCCGGUUUCCUAGUGGGCGAGAGGAGCAGUCACACAACGAGGAAGGAGAGACUGAAGGCAGCAGCCAGUACAGAAGAGGAUGGAUUUCCAGCAGCUGGCUGACGUUGCGGAUAAAUGGUGCUCCAACACCCCCUUCGAGCUUAUUGCCACGGAGGAGACCGAGAGGAGGAUGGAUUUCUACGCAGAUCCAGGCAUUUCUUUUUAUGUCUUGUGCCCGGAGAACGGAUGCGAAGACAAUUUUCAUGUCUGGAGUGAAAGUGAGGACUGCUUGCCUUUUCUGCAAUUGGCUCAGGACUACAUAUCUUCUUGUGGUAAAAAGACACUACAUGAAAUUCUGGAAAAAGUCUUCAAAUCAUUUAGACCUCUAUUGGGGCUUCCAGAUGUAGACGAUGCUUUCGAAGAAUAUCAUGCAGAUGUGGAAGAAGACGAGGCCGAAGCUGAUCCCCAGCAGAUGGGUGUCAGUCAGCAGUAAUAUUCAGAGGAAUUAAUAUAUAUAUUAUCUUACCAGGUGGGGUCUUAUGCUUCCGCAUUAGCGUUUUUGAAUUAGCACAUCAUACUGGAAAACCUGACACCCAAACCCAAAGUUUAAAAAUAAAACAGCAAUAUUAUUUUUGAAAGUCUGUGAUGAGCUUUGCUAAGAUGUGAUGUGAAUUAACUCCUGCUUCAGUUAAGAUUUUAUGAUGUUGUCUUGGUAGCAUUCUGCCAUUGUUAACUUAUUUUUUUUCCUCUCACAGGCUUGUCUUUUUUUGUUGUUGAUAUUAUUAUCAUUUUUGUUUAUAUAGAAGGAGGCUUAACAUUUCACUGAUCUGAAUGUGAUUUGAAUGUUGAACUGGUUGGUGUGUUAAAUACUUGCAGGCCCUUAUUGAGGACCAUCCAUGCAGAGAAUAAAUGCAAUCAGCACUUUUGGUUCCCCCCCUCUCUCUGUGUGUCUCUCUCACUUUUGUUUUUAAACAAAUAUUACAGAUUAAGGGUCAUGUUUCAAAUGGGUAGCAUGCCAUCAAAUAAUGCAUUCCCAAGACUCCCUAACUUUUUUUGGAAAUAUUUAAAUAGGUAUUUAUUUUUAUUAAAAUCUAUAUUUGAGGCACAAUCUUCCAAAAAUCUGUAUGUCCUCCAGGUCAUCUUUUUUUAAAAAAAAUCUGUCUACAGUGAUCAUGACUGCUGAAAAAUGAAAGUGGUUUCCCAGAUUCCUUCCUAAUAGGCUCUUCUUAAAUUCUACAGCGCUUGGCUCACCACCACCAACAAAGCCCAUGUUACCAGUUCCUAAAAACCUUGGGAGAUGCCAUAUACACCUUUAUCCAUCUCCUGCAAACUUCUUCUUUUCCUUCAUAUAUUUUGGUUUAACACUGAUUUAGUAUUAUAACUCUGGUCAUGUUUCCUUGUGAUUGGCUUCUAAAUUAUUUGCAACCUUUGUUAAAAUUUCAAGGUCAUGGUUAGUAAAAGUCCAGGGUACAACAUUUACAUCUGUUACACCUUCCAGUGUGUUGGUUGCAAUUACAAUAAUUGCCCUAUUAUCAUGGACUCUGGCUGGAAAAUACUGAAAGUUGCAAUAACAGUAAUCCAUAGGACUAAUGAAGGCUACACUGAUUAUAGUUGGGACUAACAAUGGAUGGAGACGAGUAUUAGUGUGGGUAGGAAAUAAGUGUUACAUCCAAUGCCUAAUUAUUUACUUGAUUUUGGCCAGAAUAUUCAAUAGAUAAUCAGUGACAAUUAUUGCAGAAACAUCCUUAUAUUUUAAAAAGAUCAUGAAUACUACUUAAAUAUUGUACCGGUUUUUGUUAAAAUAAGAAUUUUCUGAAUUUUUAAAUUUAAAGAGAAGAACUGACAUUAUCGAUCUGUUUUAUAUACUUUUGUUAUCAAAUACACACUCAAAUCUUGCUUUAACAAAAAAUACAAGUAAAUUAAAAAUAUAGCCGCCUUAUCUUCUUUAUUAAUACAAGAGGUGGUGGUGAGUGAAAAAUAUCCUUUUUGACUGCUUUGCCUGAGGAAACUGUUACUGGUUUGUCUUUUAGUAAAUAUCAAGGUUGAAGAAAUCAUAGUAUAGAACUUUUCAGUAUCUAAUGUCAGAAGCAGACAACAGACUUCCUGGGAAUCUUUCUAUUAGAGCAAUGUCAUCAACUUGCCUUCUGGUAAAUGGAUGUUUAGUGACCAAACAUUGUGAUUUUAUGGGAGAUUCACAGUGUGUUUUCCAAUUCCAAAUAUGGUCAUUGGCCCCCAAAGGUUAUCAGACUAUCCCUCCCAGAUCCAGCCAUUUCCUAAAGAGUAGAGUGUCUAUAAAUUAGUUGCAGGUCUGGGAGUCCUCUACAGAACUGAUGUUGAACCCCAUGUAGUGCAUAACCAAUGAAAACUUUCAUGAAUAAUAGUGUAAUUGGCAGCAUUCCUUAUACUACAUCACUUCCUUGCAUUGUGACACCAUUUAGAAGCAGCUCUCUUAUCUUUUGUCUCUACCUUUCCUAAUUUACUGACUGAGCUAAUUGAAUAAGCCAUCCUUCAGCGUUUAAAUGCUUCUUGGUUGGUUUCUUACCUUUCACCUUCUAAUAUAUAAAAGGGGCUUCCCUCUUCUGGAUGGCAGCAUAAAUCCAGAUAUACAUCUUUGGCUUAGGCAGCUCCAAUAGUUUUAUCUGUUUUUUAAGGCUUAGAUUUGAUUUCUGCAUUUCCGUUUGCAUAACUGAUACUCCACGUCAAUGUUACAUUCAUAAUCCCUGUUUAUAACCACUUUGUUCAAAGCUCUUGGAGAUUUGAUGUCAACAUUUACAAAAUGUAAACUAUUUUUAAAGUUAUAUCUCUGUAGCUUUCUGUUUAAAUUAACUUAUCAACAAUUAAAAGCAGUUUUCCAUAUUAAAAAAGGAUAAAAAUAGUUGAUCAAAAUUUUAUCCAUAAAUUCACCUAUAUCCAAAUAUAACUUACAGCUGGGUUCCUAAAUAAAAUAAGCAUAGCUGUUCUAAGAUUUUUUGAGAAUAAAAAUAAUAUUCUUAAGUGUAGUUUAAUUUUUGCAAAACAAAGAUAUAUUUUAAAUGUCUUUAACAAAGGAAUAACUUUAUAAUUUCUAAUGAUUGAUAUCAUUGUCUCUGCCAAGACUAUUUCCAAAGAAAGGGUUUUUUGGGAUAGUAUUUUCUCCUGGAAUUUGUGGCUGCUGAAGAUUUCUUUGAAGAUUAUUAUCAUUAUCCUCAUCUUUUUAUACAUAAUUCAAAGCAGUGAAUAUUCGUAAUACUCCUGUCUCCUGUUUUCUUCAUAACAAUCACCCUGUGAGGUGGAUUGGGCUAAGAGAGAAUCAAGUGCUGAAAAUAUCAAAAUAAAAUGUAUCAUGUUUCUGCUCCUGUCUUCAACACUGUAUAUAUUCCAUGUGUGGUCUCUAAAACAAUUUAACAUUAUAAAUCUGCAGCUUUAUACAGGAAGUAAGUCCUACUUAAUGUAAUAAGACUGACUUCUAAGUAUGUAGACCUUGAUCACAAUGUAGAAUAUGUAGAGCUUGCAUUAUUAAAUGCAACCCACACAUUCAGCUAAGAAUAACGUCUCAGAUUAUGUUAAGCAAGUUUUCAGGUAGGGAACACUAUUACAAUAGGAAUACUCUAAGUUACCUGCUUCUUUUAUAAAAAAAAUAUAGUACUGAUUGGGUUCACAUGUUGCAGUAAGCUAUGGUUUGUAUAACCAUGGUUUAUAAACAGUAACUUGGCUAAAUUAAACUUGUAGUUCAGCAUGAUUUAUGAAUCAUGUCACUGUCAAUUUGCGUGUGUUUGUCUACAACUGUGCAGUCAGGACAAGUGUAUCAUUUGAACAAAGCCAAUAUGGAAAUAAGUUCUUAUCAAGCUUGCUGCUUAUCUGCUAUAUAUUCUCAACAUUCAGUUAUAUGGUACUAUCAAAUCUGGUCUAUGAAAAACCAGAUAUCUACUAGAUCAUAGCUAAGAGAGCAUCUGGAUUUUUGUAGCCUAGAUCUGGUGACUUCAGAUAUACAUGACCAAAACGAGAAUCAAAAGUGCAAGGAUAAAGAUAAAAGAGAGAGGUUUGAUAAUCGGGAUGGAUGCACCAAAAACUGGAAACAUUUUUGUUUGACUCAUUUUAAUUUCUCACUAUAUUUGCGUUCAUUUUAAGAAUGAAAAAAAUGACAUUCAGGUAGUCUUUGACUUAUAAACAUUAUGCCCAUUAUGGUCAUAAGUCAUGACAGUCCUAAAGCAGGUUGCCCAAGUGACUCACCCAAUUUUACAGCCUUUUUUGUUGCAAUUGUUAGGCGAAUCGCCAUGAGUGUUAAGCAAAUCCAUUGUUCACCAGGGGUGUUUUUGCCCAAAAUUGGAAGUAAAUGCUUUUACAAAAAUAUAAAUCACAGUUCUGUGAUUUACAUUUUUGUGCAGUUAUAUGAUUUGGGGUUGGGUUGCUGUCAGAAUUUAAGAACCAGGUCAUAAGUAGCUUUUGGAGGGUCUGUCAUAACUUUGGUCACUAAACAACCAGUCCUAAGUCAAAGACUUCCUUUACAAUAUUUGAAAAUUAUAUUGCAAAAUAUGUUCAGUCAUUACUGAAAGAUUUCCUGAGUUGUGAUAUUUUAUCCAUCAUUGAUAUCAAUCAGUAUUGCAUAAUAGCCUGAGCUGAUAAGUAAAUGAGCCAAGGAUUUUUACAAAAUGGGAAGGAAAGGGGUUUUUUGAAGGGAGUUUGCAGAAGAAAAUCCUGACAAAGUACAAGUUCCAGCUUUCUAUAAACCAAUUCUUAUUGAAAGCCAGAUUCUUCAAAUUGAGCAGUGUUAAAUACAUCUAGGUUUUAUAUUUGGGCACUGCAUUUAUUGAAGAAAAGACUAAUAGGAGCAGAAGAAAAAAUAAUAAUUCUCUGUGUAGCAAAUGUGAGCUAAUAUGAAUUUCUAUUAACACCAAGGUAUGGGAGAAUCCAAUUACCUUUCCUUAUACUGUUUUUAAGUUUACUCAAUAUUUCAAGGUUUUGUAGUUAGAUAUCAACUAAAAAUAUUUUUCUUAUCCCAGUGCUCUUCUAACUAUGUUGCGUUACAAUUCUCAUCUAGAAGUAAUGUAAGUAAACUAGCUAAUUGUGAGAAAUGAUCAAUAUAGGAACAUGGAACAUCCUACCCCCACACACAGGGUGAGAUCUGUCUCCACCCUUCUUUGGCCUGGGAAUCCAAUGAGGAAAUUCCACAUUGCAGGUGGCUGCUGGAUUGAUAGCAUGCCCUACCUGCUCUGCAUUUCCUGCUUCACUCCUGUCCAACUUUUCAUAAUAUUGCAUUUUCAUUAUUGUUUCAUUAUUUUGUUACUAUUAUGUUUACACUUCUGUUCAUUUCUGUUUUUACUAUUGAAAGCUGCCCAGAAUAGUCUCAUGAUGAGAUAGUCAGCAAAUAAAUUUAACAAAUAAAUAAAAUAUCUGUAGAACAACAGCCUGAGAAACUUAAUACUAUAACACAUCCUUUCUCACAGCUGUUACAGAAACAUGAAAAAGUGUGUGUAUCUCCUUUUCUGGUGUGUGUGUGUGUGUGUGUGUCAGUGUAGUGGUUGCAUUCACACAGAUUUCUAGUUCUGGCUCUUGAAUUUUUUAAAUGUUGCUUUAUUGUAUAUUGUUUGUUAGAAUAUUAAACUAUGCUCUUUAGCCAAAAAACUUCCAAAGCAAUUUCACAUCCACACACCAAUUCAAUAGGUACAUAAGGGUAAUUGGUAAGCAAUCUGAAAAAUUCAUGACCAAGGAAAAGGAAUGCAGAGGGAGAAGAAAACCUUUGACAGUUAUCCUACUGAACAAGCAUAUCUGUCUGCCUAUCUUAACUUGGAUUUGAACUACAUUUUAUUCUCUGCUUGGGUUGGCCUGUUCUUUGCUAGCUUAGUCUUCUUUGAUUUUUCUCUUCCCUUGCUUCCUGUUCUUGAGGCAGAACUUAAUUUACUUUCCCACUUCCUUUUUCUUUUUCCCAUGGGGCAGGGAAGAAUCACCAAAGAGACCUAAUAUUGCUCAUGUUGUUUCUUCACUAAUGCUUAGUAAGAUUCAUCAGAAGCCCUUUUUCAGAAAUAGGAUUUAUUUGGCAAUUAUUUGGAAGCCAUUUAUAGUGGUUCUGUGUCUCUUUCUCUUGAUCAAUGGUUCAUCCAAGAAAGAAAAGGUUCCAGGAAGGAGCAACUCAGAUGUCCUUGGGCAAUGCUGGCUCAGAAGAUCCAAUUCUCUGCCAAACUACAUUUUUAUGCUAGUUACAGGUAGCCCUCAACCUAUGACUAAUGGAGCCUGAGUUAGGUCCAUAAAGGAGGCAGACAAGCAGCAAAAAGCUCUGUUAACCCCCAAAACAUCUCAGCUGAGGGAAAGAGUUCAGCUAGAUAAGGGCUGAGUGUUACAUUCCAUUGCUAGAGAGGCUUUCAAACAAGCCUCAGUGCUUGGCCAAUUAAGCCAUGCUUGUGGGCUGGCCCUCUGCCCCAAACUGUUGGCAACCAUAAGAUUACAAAUAUCGGCAGACACUUGCUAGGCUUUGGGAAAACUCAGGAGAAGCUCCCCAAAACUGUUUCCUUGUUUAACCUCUCCCUCUUUCAAAAACCCACAUUUCUUCAGUAAAGUCAAUAUCAAAAAGCAGAUGGGGAGGGAGGAGGAACAGACUUGUUUUCCUAAUUAAUGCUGGAACUAAACUCUCCACCUCUGCCCUCCAAUCUCAAUCUUUUUUAACCACCUUAUUUGCUAAAUUUAUUGCAUGCCUAUGCAUGCAAAUCAGUAAGUUACUUACCAUGAUAAAUAACUGCCAAGAUAAAGAACAGAGAAAUGGAAGCAAAUAAGCAAAUAAAAUCUUUUUGCAUCUGCCUUGCAUUGAGGAGCUGAAGAAAAAGUUCAGCUCAAAAUGUUCACCCAGCUAGAGUGCAAUCUACACAGUAGCAGAAGCUGGGUACUUUUUAUGUAGCUUUUUAUGUAGCUCUGUCAUAUCCUUGAAUCACUGCUAAGUGUCCAAUUAUAUCCUAAGGAUUACGUUUAUAAAUGUGCAAAACCUGCAAUGCGAGUUCAAACAGAACUUCUGUUUGAAUUUCUAUAUUAUGUGAUGUAGAUUUCUCUGUGUAGCAGUUCUUACAGGUCUAUUUUCCUGUGACUUCCAUUCUUCCCUUCCCAUAAUCCAUUCAACAGCAGAACCAGGAGGGACAAAGGGAAGGAUACUGACCUUAAUUUCCAUUCUGAUAUCUUAUUUCGUAAGACUAAUGUUUUAAUGUAGAAACCCUUUGUAAAGAAUGUAGAAUAGUUGUGACUAGACAUUUUAAUACUAGCUAUGAUUAAUUUUGUAUUAUUUCAAAAGAUGCAAAUAUUUCCAUAUAAAAAAAAAUUGUCCUAUUCUUCCCUAGAAGUUCUCACUUUUAAAUGAAAGAAACUUUUCUUUUGAAAUUUUUUUCAAAGGAAAAUUGGAUUUUGACAAAAGUUUCAUAGUUGGUAAAUAAUAUUCUUAAUUUACUUCGUUGUAGGAUGGCCAAAGAGUAAAUGUCCUCUCUUUCAUUAUCCAAUAAUAUUUUUACUGGUCUGCUGCCUCCAUGCCUUUCCAUGCUAUUAAUUAAGUUCUAAGGGAAGAAGACAAUAUGAGAGAAUUCCAUUGAGUUGCUGUCAGAUUGGAAAAUGUGGACAUCCAGGGUUAUUUCAGGAUUAUGGAAAGAGGUGUGAGAGAAAAGAAGCAUCCUUCAACAACAACAAUAAAGUAAAUUCAAUUAAAAGAAAUUCAAAAGAAAGUUCAAGGACCCUGCGAAUAAAGUAAAAAAAAAGUAGCUUUUGCUCAGGGGGAAAAAAAUCUCAAACUAUAAGACAGAUUUGAAAGUAGCCUUUUUGUUAGAAAAGUCAUGGGAAAUAGUCAUUAACCUGAAAUUUGUUGGAUUUGUUGGAAAAUAUCAUUGAGAAGGCACCAAAAGAAAUAGCAUAAGAUUAUUUACUGGAGAGUUUUUUCUUUUCAGGUUUCCCUUUCUAUCAGUCUAUUUGACAAUGAAUAGCGAUAUUGCUGCACUUCAAAGACCUCAGUUUUCAAAUUUGACUUAAUGUUUGUUUAGUUUUGAUUGACUUUAUAUUUUAUUUGUAAUAUAUGUAUUGAUCCAAGCACAAAGACAUGGAAAAAGAAAAGCACCUCUAUUACAAGAAUGAAAGAACAACUUUCAACUAUUAUCCAGGCUGGUAGAGGAUUGCUAGAAUUGUCCUUCAACAAAUAAGUGCAUUAAAGUUACAAAGUGCAAUAAAAACUUUUGAAUAUUUAUGCAUACAAAGAUUCUCUUUAUGUAUCUGAAUGUUUUAAUAAGAUGCCAUAAUACAGAGAUCAGUUUUCUCAGUGUAACUAGAUACAUACUUGUUUAAUUAGAAUCCAAAAUACAUUGUGUUUCAAGUUUAUAACAUUAAGGAAGAGAGGCAGGUUUUCAUGAUUUUGUUGGCAUCUUAAUUUGUAUUUUAGGAAUUGUAGUUCUGCAACAUUUGGAGGGCUAUAGAUUCCU